AAACAUCUAUGAAUAUCGAUCAUCCCUAAUCCUAAAUAUAAUUAAUACUAUUGAAUGGCAUGUUAGACUAAAUAUUGGCACGAAAUUAUGUAUUUUUCGAAUAAUUAUUGUGUACUUUUUUUCAUUACUUGUAUCUUACAUUAUGUGUCUUCAGAAAUUGUUACUGUCUCUUUAAUUGGCUCUGCAGUUCUAGCCGGGGGUUGGUAUAAAUGGGAAACUGUCAAGGAUUCCACCCUUUGCCACUUCAUGGAAUGUUGUAACCGAAAAUAUGUACCAUAUGAUAUUGAUAAAUUGCAAUCAUCACUAUCACAAAAAAUGUUUGGUCAGCCACUGGUUACUGAAUUGGUCAAUAUUCUUAUUGCACAUAAAGAUGCUGUAUAUGAUAAAAAUAAAAGGAAUCAAAAGGCCUUAGUCAUUAGUUUACAUGGUUGGUCAGGCGUGGGGAAAAAUUAUGCUUCUACAAUGAUUGCAGAUGCUUUGUACAAAAAUGGCAUGCAAAGUAAUUAUGUAAAGCUGUUUAUGGGAAAAAAAGAUUUUGAUUGUACAGAUCUAGAAAAGAGCAAAAAAGACCUGAUUAUGAAGGUUAAUGAAAUCGUAACGAAAUGUUCAACAUCUCUUAUCAUAUUUGAUGAAAUUCAUGAUAUGUGCCCAUCUGUGUUAGACGCUAUUAAGCCAAUGCUGGAUCAUCAUCAUGCUGUGGAUGGCAUAAAUUACAGAGAUACAAUUUUUAUAUUUAUAUCAAAUAUUGGAGGCCAAGAGAUUGCAACCACCUUAUUAGAAUUGUAUCAGCAGGGCAUUAAAAGAAAUGAGGUCGAAUUUCAUAAUUUUGAACCUGUCAUAAGGAGAACUGCAUAUCAUCAAGGAGGUUUUGAGAAAUCUGGAGCUAUUGCUCAACAUUUGAUAGAUCAUUAUAUACCGUUCUUACCAUUAGAGCAACAUCAUGUGGAAAUGUGUGCGCUCGCAGAAUUCCGAUCACAUGGCAUUUACCAUCCCAGUGAAGAAAUGAUGGCGGAUGCUAUGUCGGUGAUUACAUAUGGACCCACAGAAGAUCAACCCAUAUUUGCGAAUAAUGGUUGUAAAAGAUUUACAAGACGUAUUCCAUAUGUAAUAAAGAAAUACACAAGAGUGAACACCAAUGCUGAACUUUAAAAAGUAUUUUAGCGCGGCGAGAAGUUAGACCAUAGGUUUGACGGCGAUUUCUUACGAAUGGGGCCCGUAGUGUUAACCACUUGAAGUCCAAGCCCUUUGUAUUUCGAUACCACGAGAAUAAAAAACCUUACCAGUUUAAGUCAUCAUUAACUUUUAAGGUUAAAAACCGGCUGCUGUUAAAGGUUAGUUAAAAGCGGAAUGCUUGUUAAUUUAUUAACUUGUACCUGAAAGGUCUCACUCUGUCCUCUGAAGAGUUGUGAUAUUAGCAUUAAUGUUUAUAUAUUAUAAGUUUUUUUUACCUAAACCAAUCUGAAUGUCUUUUGUGUAUAGUAGUUUACCUAUACUAAAAUGAAUCAAAUACAUUUAAAAACCGACCAUCUCAAGGUUAAUUUUAAAAUACUAUUUUAUGUAUACUUGAUUGUCAGUAAAAGUCAUAAAAUUC